AUGGGAGCUUUGAAAUGCAAUUAUUGUGACUCUUACGGUGACAAAACUGUGGUUGGAGGACCGUUAGGCCCAUGGAGCAAGCUGUAUUUUGACCCACCAAUUGAUGACGAAAUGUGGGAUGACCCCUUUGGUCAUGGAACCUGGGCCCUGAAAGGACACUACUGGAUUUGUGGCCAACAUGCUUACCGAAAGUUACCUCCAAACUGGUCAGGGAUAUGUUAUAUAGCAUAUAUCAGGCCUCUGUUCUUUUUGCUGUCACGAAAUCACGGGACAGGGCUUGGAGUCAAAGUAUAUGAUGAAUUUGGUCAGAGAAAGGUUUCAACUAAUGGGAUUAUUGCUGUAAAUGAACCUUCAAAUGAAGAAGAGUAUCUCGGUCAAUUCCCAGUCAGUUUUGGGGCUAUUGCUCCUUUUAUGGCUGAUCUGGAUACAACAGAUGGACAUGGAAACGUUUAUUACAGAGAAGAUUCAUCCCCAGAUGUCUUACAGCUUGCUUCAGACUUCAUCAAAGGAGGUUUUCCUGAGACCACCUUUGAUCCUAGCAGUGUUGUGAUUGUUACAUGGAAGCUUGUGGCUCCUUACCAGGCCCCUGGAGAAGAUGUUGUUUUGAAAGAAAAGAGAAACACAUUCCAGGCUGUUUUAGCCUCUUCUGACUCCAGUUCCUAUGCUAUUUUCCUUUAUCCAGAAGAUGGUUUGCAGUUCUAUAGUACAUACUCCAAGAAUGAUGAUAGAAGGAGUCCUGCUAUGGUUGGCUUUAGUCAAGCCUCUACAAAUUACUACUUUUGGGAAAAACCAGGAUCCUACAAUGUCAUUGCUAAUGAUGAAGAGGCCAUCAGAAACCUACAGAAAAGUAGCAAUGCUGGCAGGCAGGGUGUCUGGGUGUUUGAGAUUGGCAGCUCAUCUGACAGUAUUGUGCCUGCCAAGAUCAGCAGCAUUUUGGAGAGCCUGGAGUCCAUUGAACAAGACCAGGAGAUGACUUCAAAACCAUUUAUGGCUGAUUAUGGCUCCACUGAAAUAAGACUGGAACACGUAACCAGUACUAUGGACAGUAUAGAAGGGGACCAGCACCACAUUACGUACAGUGUUCCUCACCUAGCUGCAGAAGACUUUAUGACUUCAUACCAAGACAUAACAGAAGUACCUUCAACUGAGUCUUUUUAUGGUCAGCAAGAUUUCCCAACAGCAAAAACUGCACCUCGCCAGUUUCAAGUCCAGCAGUUCCCCCCACAGCAACCGCAGGUCAUAGAUGUGGAAGAAUUUGAUGAAACAGGGAUAGUGUUCCGCUACCACACGGAUGUCCAACAGACCUGUGCUAACAACCGCCACCAGUGCUCCAUUCAUGCUGUUUGCAAAGACUAUCCGAAUGGUUUUUGUUGCAGCUGUAUUGCUGGGUACAAAGGAAAUGGCAGACAAUGUGUAGCAGAAGGAUCUCCUCAGAGGGUCAAUGGGAAAGUCAAAGGAAGAAUCUUUGUAGGAAAUAACCCAGUUCCAGUUGUCUUUGAGAAUACUGACCUCCACUCCUACGUUGUGAUGAACCAAGGACGUGCCUACACUGCCAUCAGCACGAUCCCAGAGACCUUGGGGUAUUCUUUACUGCCUCUUGCCUCUAUCGGAGGUAUCAUAGGAUGGAUGUUUGCUGUGGAACAAGAAGGAUAUAAGAAUGGAUUCAGUGUUACUGGUGGUGAGUUUACACGGCAAACUGAAGUAACUUUUCUUGGCAACAACGAGAAGAUGGUUAUCAAGCAGAAAUUCAGUGGAAUUGAUGAACAUGGUCACCUUACCAUCAGCACAGAAAUGGAGGGCAGAAUACCUGAGAUUCCCUCUGGUUCAUCGGUCCAUAUAGAACCAUACACUGAGCUCUAUCACACUUCCAGUUCUGUGAUCACUUCGUCGUCCACGAGGGAGUACACGGUGACGGAGCCGGAAAGGGAUGGGGCUGCCUCCUCGUACACGGCCGCCUAUCAGUGGCGCCAGACCAUCUCCUUUGACGAGUGCCUUCACGAGGAGUCUCUGCACGCCGCUCCUGCUACCCAGCAGCUCUUGGUGGACAGUGUGUUUGUCCUCUACAACAGAGACGAGCAGAUUCUGCGAUAUGCAAUGAGUAAUUCCAUCGGGCCCAUCAGUGAUGGUUCUGCUGAUAUUAACCGGAAUCCGUGCUACACCGGCACCCAUAACUGCGACACCAACGCAGUGUGUCGCCCAGGGACGGGGAAUCACUUUUCCUGCGAGUGUUCCAUUGGCUUCCAUGGAGACGGACAUGUUUGUUAUGAUGUUGAUGAGUGCUCAGAGCAGCCGACGCUGUGCGGCAGCAACGCCGUGUGCAGUAACCAGCUGGGCACCUACCGGUGCGAGUGUGUGGACGGGUACCAGUUUGCAGCAGAUGGGCGGACAUGUGUGGCUGUCGAAUAUACUAUAAACCACUGUCAGACAGGCACACACAACUGCGACAUUCCUCAGCGUGCCCAGUGUGUGUACACAGGAGGGUCUGCCUACAUCUGCUCCUGCCUCCCUGGCUUCUCUGGUGACGGGCGAGCCUGUGAGGAUGUAGAUGAAUGUCAACAGGGCCGCUGUCAUCCAGAUGCUUUCUGCUACAACACACCCGGUUCCUUCAGUUGCCACUGUAAGGCAGGUUAUCGUGGGGAUGGUUUCCGGUGUGUGUUAGGAGAAGUGGAGAAGACCAAAUGUCAGCACGAACAAGAACGAGCUCUUGGAAGCGGAGGCACUUUCUUCCCAAGAGUUGGUCAAUUCAUUCCCCAGUGUGAUGAGCAUGGGAAUUACCUCCCCACUCAGUGUCAUUCCAGCACCGGAUAUUGUUGGUGUGUGGAUAGGGAUGGGAAUGAAAUUGAUGGCACCAGAAGCAGCCCAGGAGUUCAACCACCAUGCUUGAGCACGGCUGCUCCUCCUCUUGCUAUUGGGCCCUCUGUUCGACCAGAUACAAUACCUCUCCCCCCUGGAACACAUUUGCUGUUUGCCCAAAGUGGGAAAAUUGAACAUGUUCCCCUAGAGGGAAACAACAUGAAGAAAAACGGAGCAAAAGCACUCUUGCAUAUUCCAGACAAAGUUAUUAUUGGAGUUGCAUAUGAUUGCAUGGAGAAGAUGGUUUACUGGACAGACAUCAGUGGCCCUUCAAUCAGCAGAGCUAGCUUACACGGUGGAGAGCCAACAACCAUCAUCAAAACAGACUUGGGAAGCCCUGAAGGAAUAGCUCUGGAUCAUCUAGGUCGUAACGUCUUCUGGACAGACUCUCAACUUGAUAGAAUAGAAGUGGCUAAGCUGGAUGGCGUGAACCCUAGAGCAAUUGUAGCAGAUCCAGUGAGAGGAAACUUGUAUUGGACUGACUGGAACAGAGAAGCUCCCAAAAUUGAAACCUCCUACAUGGAUGGCACAAACAGAAGAAUUCUUGUUAAAGACGAUCUGGGGUUACCAAAUGGGCUGACAUUUGAUACUUAUUCCUCAAUGUUGUGCUGGGUAGAUGCAGGCACCAAGAGACUGGAAUGCAUGAACCCUAAUCAGCUUGGUCGGCGAAAGAUCGUUGAAGGAAUUCAAUACCCUUUUAGUGUUACAAGCUAUGGGAAGAAUUUAUACUACACAGACUGGAGAAGGGAUGCUGUUGUAGCUGUGGAUCGCUCAGUUUCGAUAGAAAAUGAUAACUUCCAGCCUCACAAGCGUUCUCGUCUCUAUGGAAUCACUACAGCCUUUGCACAGUGCCCAGGAGGACAUAACUAUUGCACGGUGAAUAAUGGUGGCUGUACUCACCUCUGUCUGGCGACACCAGGAGGCCGUUCUUGCCGCUGCCCUGACAACACAGUUGGAGUGGACUGUAUAGAAAGAAACUGAGAGUUAAAACAAGCUUGAGCAGCAGACUCCUUCUGGAAAUGUACUGUAAAUGCUUCAGUCUUGUCAGCACAGUCAGACCCUAAAGAUAAGUGCUCCACCAGGCCA